ACAGUGUUCUCUGGGCCAUCGGUGGAACCAGCUAAGUCGGCGGAAUCCACAAGAAAUCGAGCGAUAAGCGGCGGAGCGGGUCCAAGUGCAAUAAUCAAUAAACGUGCUGUUCAAACAUCGCUGCUAGGCGAAAGAUAAAACCCAGUCGAUUGUGAAAUUCCUGCUAUAUAGAACGGAUUGAAAGCAAAAAUUUGCUCCCCAUUUGCUUGCCUUUUGAUGUAACUCCCACGAAGUGCUUUUGCUAUUGCCAACUUGCAAUUUGCCCCCUUGUACCUUUGGGGGGUGGUUUUCGCCCGGAAAAAUCCAUGAAAAGAACCGUCAAGUGCGCCACGCUGGUGAAAAACUGCUAGGAGUGUUAGUUUUCGUUUUGUGGCAAGAAGAGAACGCGGCAUGUCUCUGGAGGAUCCGUUUUUCGUGGUCAAGGACGAGGUAUUCAAAGCUCUGAACAAAACCCGCGGCCUCUAUCUGCGUUGGCGGGAGCUGGGCGAGAACGGCGGAACGGAGGCUGAAUGGACCACCACCGAGCUGCGUAACUCGCUACGGAGCAUCGAGUGGGAUCUCGAGGACCUCGAGGACACUAUCAGCAUCGUUGAGAAGAAUCCAAGCAAGUUUCGGAUCGACAACCGCGAACUCUCCAGCCGGCGCCACUUCAUCGACAACACUCGCGAUGAGGUCAAGCAGAUGAAGGAUAAGAUGAGCCUGAACCGGAGCCGGGACAGAGACAUCACCGCACACCAGCCGCUGCUCGACAACGAUCGCCACAGCCCCAAUCACAAUCAUUCCAUUGCCAUACCCAAUUCGAAUUCCAACUCCAACGAGUACCAUCAGCAUCCACACAACGAUCGCACGUACCUCGUGGAGUGUCCCAACGGCAACUCGCUGAUCAAUAGCGGCAGUCAGGUGGCCAAUACCAUAGCUGGGACCAUGUCGGCGGCAGCGGCAGCAGCAUCCCGCCACAGCGGCACCAAGUACUCCAAGCUGGAGAACGCCCUGGACAGUCCCAGUCACUAUGGGCAGACGCAUCACGGCGGCAUGGACAGUCCGAGUCAUAGGUACGUGGGCGAAACAGUGUCCAUACAGCAGCGUAUGAUCCAGGGACAGGAUGAGCAGCUAGACAUGAUCAGCGAUUCGAUUGGUACCCUCAAGACGGUCUCGCGGCAAAUUGGCGUUGAGCUCGAUGAGCAGGCCGUCAUGCUAGACGACUUUGGGAACGAGUUCGAUACCACGGAGUCCAAGUUGGAUACGACCAUGAAGAAAGUUGCCAAAGUCUUGCACAUGAAUAAUGAUAAACGACAGUGGGCCGCCAUUCUCAUCCUAUCCGGACUGUUAUUGUUUGUGAUAAUUUUGUUUAUUAUUUUGUAAUUGCUUUCGUUGUUCCCAAAUCGUUUAUAUUUAGUGUAAAUUAGAUUUAUUUAUGACUUAGCUUGCUUUUGAAUUCGGGCUCUUAAUUACAAUUCCAUGUAAACUCCCUUGCUGUAUAUACACGGAAACAUUUUAACCUGAUUUAUUACCAGCCGCCUCUCUCUAUAUAUAUAUAAUGUAAUUCCAAAGCUACGGACAAAUGAUCAUGUAAAGUCAAUGUAGGCGGGUAAUAAAAGAUAACUAACUACUUACAUAUAAACCAAGUGCUCCAGAGUUCUGUCAUUCCCAAUUUGGCCAAAGGAUACUGCAACUGUAAGCUGUAUAUACAUCGAAGGAUAUAUCUGCAUAUAUAUACAUACAAACAAAAUGGACCUACCAAUAUCAAACGAGUUAUUUAACGAAGAGUCUUAGGAAAUUUCACUAACCAAAUCUAGCAAAAACUUGUAUGCAAUUGAGUAAAUAUAUAUACUUAUAAAUUAAAUUCCUAAUUUAAAGCCAAAUGAGGUACUUCUUACGGGUCACCUAGAAAUACUGUAUGAGUGCACAGAGAGAAAUUGUAUACAUAUACAAAAAUUUGUUCGCUAUUUUGAAAGCCUAAAUUAAACAAAAAUUGGAAAUAC